GCGAUCGGAAAACGCUCCGAGACAUCACGCGCGAGUGCCUUUGGGUUCCCUGUGGUACAAGAGCCCCGCACGUGAGUUUUGUGUUUACAAUAAGGCGGAACAAGAAGCAUCCACGUGCGAACAACAACAACGCGAUCCUCCCCCUACAAUGCAUUCGAUUCGGAAACCAACCGGCUGGAACGCAUUUUACCAGUCAGUUGCGCCAGAUGUACAGAAACAGCUGAGUGAUGGGGCAGGAAUCGGAAAAAUUUCCACGGUCGUUGGCAGAAUGUGGAAAAAAUUGCCUGCGGACAGAAGAAAGUACUGGAAGGACAAGGCACAAAGCAUAAGAGAGGAUCUUGACACAGGCAUGGCAACGAAGAAUAAGUGUGCUUCUUGUCAAACAGAAUUUUCCAGAAGCAAAGAUCUUAAGUAUCAUGAAAAAGGAUGUCAUCCAUGCGUUUGCAAUGAAUGUAAUGAAACAUUCGACCAUGAAAACAAGUUAAGAAGACACAUCAACAAAAAGCAUGCGGCAAGCUUGAAGUGUGGGGACUGCGGAAAGACUUUUGCAGAGAAAAGAAACCUCAUUAGGCACAGCAAGUCCCAUCAGUAG